AUGGCUGCCCCAAAGAACUUGCCACCGGCCAUGAACGCCACCGCUCAGGACAUCGAGCUGCUGCUGUCCGCCCAAUGCCACAUCGGCAGCAAGAACCUCCAGGUGCACAUGGAGCCAUACCUCUGGAAGACUCGCCCAGACGGUGUCAAUGUUAUCAACAUCGGCAAGACCUACGAGAAGAUCCUCCUCGCCGCCCGCAUCAUCGUCGCCAUUGACAACCCAGCCGACGUUGCCGUCAUCUCCGCCCGUCCAUACGGUCAGCGUGCCGUCCUCAAGUUCGCUGCCCACACCGGUGCUACUCCAAUCGCUGGUCGUUUCACCCCAGGUAACUUCACCAACUACAUCACCCGCUCUUUCCGCGAGCCACGCUUGAUCAUCGUCACCGACCCACGCACCGACGCCCAGGCCAUCAAGGAGGCUUCCUACGUCAACAUCCCGGUGGUCGCCCUCACCGACACCGACUCUCCAACCGAGUACGUCGACGUCGCCAUCCCAACCAACAACAAGGGUCGUCACUCGAUCGGUCUCGUUUGGUGGUUGUUGGCACGUGAGGUCCUCCGUCUCCGCGGCACUCUCGCCAGCCGUGAGACCGAGUGGGACGUCAUGCCCGAUUUGUACUUCUACCGCGAUCCAGAGGCUGAGGAGAACAAGGACUCGGCUGGUCAGGAUGAGGCCAAGGUUCCAGGUGCCGACGAGGUUGGCCCAGGCGCUGUCGAGAGCGGCUUCAACAACGAGUGGGAGGUCGGUAACGCUGGCACAAGCGCAUUCGCCGCUGCCAGCGGCACUGCAGGCGCACAGGCUGCUUCGACAUGGGAUGCUGAGGGUGCAGACUGGGCCGCUAGCAGCGCUCCAGUCGAGACCGGCAACCAGGGCUGGGCUGCUGAGACUGGCGCACAGGCCGCACCAGAGACCAACUGGUAG